GUAAUCAACUCGCGGGCUUAAUCCAAUCCAACCCCUGCACCUCGGCAACGCGCGCGCCAUUCCCCAUGGACGCGUGGGAGGCGGCGAGCGCGCGGGACGGCGGCGGCGGCUCCUCCUCCUCCAGCACCGGCGGCGCGCCGACGGCGGAGAUAUUCGAGGAUCAGGCGGCCGGGGAGGGGGACGGGGAGGGGGAGGGGGAGGGGGAGGGGAAGGUGUUCGUGGCGGUGCCGGAGCAGCACAAGAGCGGCAGGUCCCUCCUCGCGUGGGCGCUCCGGCACGUCGCGGCCGUGGCCGGCGCCGCCGUGGUUGUGGCCCACAUCCACACGCCGGCGCAGAUGAUCCCGAUGAGUACGUGCUCUCGCUCCGCUUCCUCGCUGCUCGCGGGACACCGUACCCUCGCCUUCGGACCGGGCUCGCGAGCUGAAGAACGCGUGGGGAGCAAGUUCCAUGCAAGUAAACUGAGACCAGAACAGGUCGGUGCUUACAGACAGUAUGAGAGGGAAAAGGUUGAGAAACACUUGGAUGAAUACAUUCACCAGUGCUCCAAAAUGAAGGUCAAAUGUGAGAAACUUGUGAUUGAAAAUAAUGAUGUGGCUAAAGGGAUCAUGGAGCUUGUUUCGCUGCACGGGGUGAGCAAACUCAUCAUGGGAGCAGCUGCUGACAAACACUACUCUAGGAAAAUGAAAAUGCCUAAGUCCAAGACGGCACUUGCUGUCCUUCAGAAAGCUGAUACUUCAUGCAAGAUUUGGUUUGUUUGCAAGGAACAUCUGAUAUGCACUAGGGAGGCUCGUGUUCCUGCAUCCUGCAAUGCAGCAACACCCCCGGCUACCAGAAGUUCACUGUCCACUUUAUCUGAGAGGGGUGGACAACCAAACGGAUAUGUAAGCAAUGCAAUUGAUGGCCACGUACAGAGGUCGAUGUCAGAAAAGGUUGUGCCUGCAUCUGUUAGAACAUCAUUGCGACUACCUUCCCAGUUAUCUGUGCGGACAACUUUUAGCAGGCGAAGCAUAGAGGAUAAAUCUGCCAAUUCCUGGGAUAGUGUUCAAAGCCGAAGUUUUCCAAGUUCGCACCAAGCAUCCUCUACCGUGACUGACGAGGGGUUCAGUGACUCCAGCUCAUUUUCAACACCUAGGCAUGAUGCAACUGAAUUCCUAUCCUGUGUACAUGCGGGGUGUGAUCUUCAAAAUUCAGCUUUACACCGUGAACAGGAUGCCAUGAAUUCAAAUAUUGACAUAUUUGAUAAACUUGAAGAAGUCUUCACUCAGGCUGAGAAGCAUCAGAAGCAAGCAUUUGACGAGUCCGUGAGGAUACAAAUAGCAGAGGAAGAACCCAUUUUGUUUCACCGAAAGGCAAAUAAUUUUGAGGAUACAUCUUUAAACGAGUCUAAGCAGAGGAAAGACGUCAAUGAAGCUCUAGUGAAGGCAAAUCGUGUCAUAGAAUCGAUGAAGCAAGAAAUGGAUGCACUUAAACAAGACAGAGAUGACAUCAUUGAUAAGCUUGUUAAGAUGAGUGAACAGAAGGCAACAUUAGAGCAACGAGUCGAUGAAUAUGGUGGCACUGUCAAGACUCUUGAGGAUAAGUUGGCAGCGAGUAAAUCCCUCAUUCAUUCACAGAAGUUGGAGUAUGAGAAACUGAAGCAUGAAAGGGAUAAUGCGCUUAAGGAUGUAGAUGAGCUGCAUAAAGAGAUAGGAAAAACAGUAUCGUGCCCAAGUUUGACAUGGAACGCUGAAUUCUCUUUGUCAGAGCUGCAGGUGGCAACACAGAAUUUCAGUGACACAAUGAAGAUCGGUGAAGGUGGAUUUGGGCGUGUAUACAGAGGUUCCCUGCGCAACACAACAGUGGCAAUUAAGAUGCUGCGCUCUCAUAACUUACAAGGGCAGUCGCAAUUUCGGCAAGAGGUCGUUGUUCUUAGUAGGGUCAGGCAUCCAAACCUUGUAAUGCUUAUGGGUUCUUGCUCAGAAGCUUCAGGUCUUGUGUACGAGUUCCUACCCAAUGGAAGCCUUGAAGACCGUCUAGCCUGUGAAAACAACACACCUCCACUAACAUGGCAAGUCCGUACAAGGAUCAUUGGUGAGAUAUGCUCUGCUCUCGUCUUCCUUCACUCUACCAAGCCUCAUCCAGUAAUCCAUGGUGAUCUCAAGCCUGCAAACAUCCUCCUUGAUGCCAAUUUGGUCAGCAAACUUAGUGAUUUUGGCAUCUCUUGCCUCCUAGUUAAAUCUAGCACAAUGUCCACAAGCCUCUACCAAACGACGAACCCAAGAGGCACUUUUGCCUACAUGGACCCUGAAUUUCUUACCACCGGGGAGCUAACAGCACGGUCUGACAUAUACUCUUUUGGUAUUGUCAUACUUCAGCUGGUAACUGGGAAACCAGCUUUAGGCAUUGGAAGGGCAGUGGAGGAUGCACUUGAGAAAGAUGAGUCGGAGCUCCUUCUUGAUCAGUCUGCUGGGGAGUGGCCAUUUGUGCAAGCCAAGAAGCUGAUGCUUCUUGGUCUUCAGUGUGCAGAGCUUAGCAGAAGAAGGCGACCUUAUCGUAUGAGUGAUGUGUGGUGCGUGAUUGAGCCCUUGGUAAAGUCAGCUUCGCUAUCAGCCACACCGGAGUCCUUUGGAUAUCGGUCCAUUGAGAAUCACACACCUUCAUGCUUCUUAUGUCCUAUUUCUCAGGAGGUCAUGAGGAAUCCACAUAUUGCCGCAGAUGGGUACACUUACGAAGCUGAGGUCAUAAAGGGAUGGCUCCACAGUGGACACAGCACGUCCCCAAUGACAAAAUUACCUCUGGCACACCAUCAUCUCAUGCCAAACCAUGCUCUUCAUUCUGCCAUAAAGGAGCACUUCAAGCGGAAUCAGCCACCAUCUUAAUUGGCUCUUUUUUUUAUGAUAACUUGCAGGAGAUCAGCGCAUCAUUGCAAAGAUGAAGCAUAUAACGGAUCACGAUUGUGUCCUUUCACCCUGAACUUCGUUAGCAUUGUGAUUCGAUAGUCUAUUCGUUUGUUCAGAAAUCUUCUCUCUGGAAUGUAGCGUAUCGCAACUUGCAAUGAAUUGUGCAUUUGUACAUAUGAGUGCUGUGCUUGGAACAAAAGUGUUCCAGGUUUCAAUCGGCAUUGAGGAUUGUGCUUGUUACAAACUCAGGAGGAACUGCAAGUAUGCAGCAGAAUAAAUAUGUCUAAUCUUAGCAUGUGUUUCAAUUCUUGGAGAUGAACCAUUUCAUGACAAA